AUGUCGGCAGCGGGAAAGAAGCCGGAGACGGCUGUCAAGGACGCCACGCCCAGCAACCCUCGAGGUAUCCCCAAAGCGCCGUUCGUCGACAAGGUCGAGGACUACGUCACCACCCGCGAAGAUGUCGAACCGACGAUGCGCAACUUCCAGGAGAUGAUUUCGAAAUACCAGUUCAUGGAGCUGAAUCUUCAGAAGAGGAUGGCUGGACUGAACGACAAGAUUCCCGAUAUACAGAAGACGCUCGACUCUGUGCGGUUUCUGAAGCUCAGACAGGACGACGAUGAACCGAUCGAGACGACAUUCGAGCUGAACGAUACGCUUUACUCCAAAGCAAAGAUCCCGCCCACUGAAGAGGUGUACAUUUGGCUAGGCGCAAAUGUUAUGUUGUCGUACCCCGUCGACGAAGCCGAGACUCUACUCGAGUCCAAGCUAUCAACGGCGAAAACGAGCUUAUCAAACUGCGAGGAGGACCUGGAUUUCCUGAGAGAGCAGAUCACGACUAUGGAAGUCGCCAUCGCAAGAGUAUACAACUGGGAGGUGGUUCAAAAGCGGAAAGACAAGGAAGAAGGAAAGGAUAUCAAGAAGGAAAAGGACGAGGACAAGGCUGGCAGUUAA